UUUGCUCAGGCGAAAUAUAAGUUUUGGGCUGCUGAAGAGGUUACUGUUCAGACAAGUGAGGCAAAACAAGCAAUAAUGACUCACAUUUGCUGUUAAACAUGACACUGGUUUAAAAAAAAAAAGACCAGAGAUGGAAUAACUUCAGUCAACGAAUAAGAGGCUAAACUCCGAAUGUAGGCGGUCUAGCUCGGUGCUAUCUUGAACGAAGACAGCACACAUUAGAGCGAAAAGUCGCCUGUGUUUGAGAGCGAGUACUGCGAUUAUUGCAGGACUUCAGCUGAACUACAACCAGGUAUGGACGACCCAACAGUCCUUGAUAUUUGGAUCUGAUUAAAAUAAGCUGUUUGUCAGUGAUCAGAUGUGGCGGCUCGGACUGGAGAGGAGAGACGUGUCACAGCUAAAGCGGCUGGAGCCGAAGAGAUAGUCUCAGUGCGACAUCUGUUCAUUCAUCUGCCCGGUCCGUCUGUCACCAGUGUUCAGUCAGCACAUAACCGGACCUGUUGGCUUUACUUCACUGCCUGGUGAAUUUGACACUCGGCCCUAAUCUAGUGCGCGAAGCGACGCGUGUAUGUCGAACAUGGGUUCUCUGUUUCGCAGUGAGGAGAUGUGUCUUGCCCAGCUCUUCCUGCAGUCCGGUUCCGCUUACGACUGCAUCAGUGAACUCGGCGAACUCGGACUGGUGGAGUUCAGAGAUGUACGUCGGUAGUAGUCAAGCUCAACCCUAGUGUGAACUCCUUUCAGCGCAAGUUUGUCAAUGAGAUCAAGAGAUGUGAGGAGAUGGAGAGGAUUUUGGGAUAUCUUUUGAGGAAAAUUAAAAAAGAAGACAUCCAGCUGCCAGAAGGGGAGGUGAACCCAGCCACACCCUUACCCAAACAUGUGAUGGGCAUAAUGGAGCAGCUUCAGAGACUGGAACUGGAGCUGAGUGAGGUCACCAGGAACCAAGAGAAACUCCAGAAGAACCUCCAAGAACUGAUCGAGUACACUCACAUGCUUCGCAUCACAUGCAACUUUGUGCACCGCAGUGCAGAGAGGGAAUCUGUGCAGGUCCAGUAUGAAGAGUUCCCCUUUCUAGAGAAAGAACCCAUGAUGGACUACGCCAGCAUGCAGAGGCUUGGAGCCAAGCUAGGGUUCAUUUCUGGGCUGAUCCAUAGAGUAAAGAUUGGGGUGUUUGAGCGAAUGCUCUGGAGAGUGUGCAAGGGCUACACCAUCCUCAGCUACUCCGAGAUAGACGAGGUCUCGGAAGAUCCUGAUUCGGGUGAGCAAACCAGAAGUGUGGUUUUCCUCAUCUCCUACUGGGGAGAUCAGAUUGGACAGAAGGUUAAGAAGAUAUGUGACUGCUACCACUGUCACCUGUAUCCAUAUCCCAACAGUAACGAGGAGAGGGCAGAUGUGGUGGAGGGGCUCCGUACACGCAUUCAGGAUCUGCACACGGUUCUUCACCGCACUGAGGAGUACCUCAGGCUGGUGUUGAUAAAGGCUUCAGAGUCGGUGUACACUUGGGGGAUCCAGGUUAAGAAAAUGAAAGCCAUAUACCACAUCCUCAACCUCUGCAGCUUUGAUGUGACAAACAAGUGCCUCAUAGCUGAGGUGUGGUGUCCUGUUAAUGAUCUGCCUGCAAUUCGGAGGGCUUUAGAGGAGGGAUCGAGAAAGAGUGGAGCAACAGUACCCUCUUUUGUCAAUCGAAUCCCAAGCAAUGACACUCCACCAACUCUCGAACGCACAAACAGGUUUACCUCAGGCUUCCAGAAUAUAGUGGAUGCCUACGGUGUGUGCAGCUACAGAGAGGUGAACCCAGCUCCAUACACCAUCAUUACCUUUCCCUUCCUGUUUGCUGUGAUGUUUGGAGACCUUGGGCAUGGCAUCAUCAUGGCACUAUUUGCUCUGUGGAUGGUUCUCUAUGAGAAUGACCGCAAGCUGAAGAAAACCAGGAAUGAGAUCUGGAACAUGUUUUUCGAGGGCCGUUACAUCAUUCUGAUGAUGGGUGUAUUUUCGGUCUACACCGGACUAAUAUACAAUGACUGCUUCUCCAAAUCACUCAACCUGUUUGGCUCAGGAUGGAGCGUCAAAGCCAUGUUUGACCAUGGAACCUGGACCAUGAACACAAUCCGUUCAAAUGGCUUCCUUGCACUGGAUCCAAACAUCACAGGAGUAUUUAAAGGGCCUUAUCCACUGGGGAUUGACCCGAUUUGGAACCUGGCAUCAAACCGUCUCACCUUCCUCAACUCCUAUAAAAUGAAGAUGUCUGUGAUUUUAGGAAUAAUUCACAUGACGUUUGGUGUCAUCCUUGGAGUUUUUAAUCACCUGCACUUCAGACAGAAGUUUAAUCUCUACCUGAUAUUUCUGCCUGAGCUGCUCUUCCUGCUGUGUCUCUUCGGGUAUCUAGUGUUCAUGAUCAUCUAUAAGUGGCUGGUUUUCACAGUCAGAGACUCGCAGGUGGCUCCCAGCAUCCUCAUUCACUUUAUCAACAUGUUCCUCAUGCAGGAGGACUCUAGCCAGCCGCUCUUCCAAGGACAGACUGGUGUUCAGGCAUUCCUGUUGAUUGUAGCCUUGUUCUCUGUGCCUGUGUUAUUACUGGGCAAACCUCUCUACCUCUACUGGCUACACAAGGGCAGAGACCGUCUGGGCAUAUACAGGGGUUAUCAGCGUGUACGCCGAAGCAGUGAAGAAGAGCUCUCUCUCUUGUGCACUCAUGAUAUGGAGGAGGCCAGCAGCCUGGAAAGCCAUUCCAGCAGCUCUGACAGUCAAUCUGAGGAGUUUGACUUUGCAGAUGUGUUCCUGCAUCAGUCUAUCCACACUAUAGAGUACUGCCUGGGCUGCAUCUCUAAUACUGCGUCCUACCUCCGGCUGUGGGCUCUCAGCCUGGCACAUGCCCAGCUGUCUGAAGUGUUGUGGGCGAUGGUGAUGCGGGUGGGUCUGCGUGUGGACACCAGUGUGGGGAUUGUGUUCCUGGUGCCUGUCUUCGGACUGUUUGCUGUUCUCACUGUGUCCAUCCUGCUGGUGAUGGAGGGACUUUCUGCCUUCCUUCAUGCUCUCAGGCUCCACUGGGUGGAGUUUCAAAACAAGUUCUACAGCGGUGCUGGUGUCAAGUUUGCACCGUUUGCCUUCUUUCUCUUGCACAGCAGCUUUGAGAAUGAAGGGCUGUUAUGAACUGUGUGACACUGAAGAAUGGAGCAGAGCUACGAGUUUCGUGGCUAGGCAGCUCUCUCAGUGAUUUUAGCUGAUUUAUAUACAGUGUUGUUGCACUACAUCACCAAAUUGGUCCAUCCAAAUACUGUUGUGGAUUGUCUGGAUAUAUCAGAUAAAAGUGGGAAUGUCUCCCAAUAGACUGAAUGGAUUUCCGAGCCACAUAAGAUGUUUGAUGGUUUUCGGACAUGCAACAAUAAUACAGACACACUGAGAUCAUAAGCAAAACCUGAAGAGACUUUGAAUUGGAAAUCUGACUCGGUGCCCUCGAGUAGUUCUUCAGUUCUGUUGAAUGUAUUACAUCAUUUCUACACACUCACAAAAGUGCUGGUUGGUUAUCAAUUUUCUACCAUGUUGCCUGAUGUCUAUGCAGAGAAAGGAAGCCUCUCCAAAGCUGAGCGUAUUCCAUGAAUGACUUUAAGAUUCCUUAUAUACCGUAUAAAAAAACUUGAUGGGAUUUUUUUAAAUAUUUGCUCACCCGAGUCUUUAUAAUUAGAUUUUAACUGAAGAUGUAAAUUCUAGAGCUGCAGAUGUUUCCUCUUCUCAUUUUCAAUGUGUUGAAACCUCCUUUCCCAUAAUUAAAUUCAUAAAAUGUAAUGGUACACUUGAAAAAAUUGUUAAAGAUAAUACAGUCAUGGGGUUAUUAUACAGUAGUUUCUUGACACAGAAUUGAUAGAUGUUAGCUCAGAAAGGUCCAGGAUGACAGCAGUCUUCUUGGUGGUUGAAUUAUUUCAACAUACAAAAAGAUCUGCUGCAGAAAGCAGGAAAACCUGAUAGCCAACAGGAGGCUCAGAUAUUCCUAACAUUUCCCUGUUAGUGCCUAACAUGCUGAAUUUAUUCAGGAUUGGAUUAAGUUUAUUUUUGCUGUCAACAAAGUCAUUUAUGUGCAGUGAAUUUAUAAUGAAAUGGAUCUGUUUUGCAGCUACUCAUUGUUCUGCCUCUACAGAAUGGUCUUUUUCAUUUAACCCUUGACUUUAAUGUGAGAGAUUGUGGCGUAUGGGUUGUGAGCCACUCAAUUCAAUCCAGCUUCUGGUAUUAUUUUAUUUAUUAACAGUACUGAUCAAAUGGGUUGGUAUGAUUUUUGAAGAGUGUGCAUUUAUUAGGGUACGUUCCAUAUUUUGGCUUUGACAUUUUUAUAUUUAAUAUUACACAUUAAAUCAAACCUGUGAAGCUGAAGGAAUAAAGCAGAAUUUUGUUUGCUAUAAUUAAAUAACUCUGACUCACAUUAUUUUUGAUCUGUGUGUUUUCUAAGCUUAAACACUUAGAGGCUUUUCUCAGUGUAAGUUCUCAGUUACUCUGGAUAAAUGAGAUUCUACUCUUUUUCUUAUUUCUUGAGGGCUUUCCAGAUGUCUAACAUCAGUUAUGUAACACUUUAUGUAUCCCAGUGAUUUUAUAUUUAUCAAAUUGUUAAAAUCAAUAAUUGUUUGUAAUUUAACUCACUUUUUUAUCCACAAUGUAAAUGUAGGGACAGUUCAUCAAUUUACUCAGUUUUUAGUUCUCCAGUAAAUCUAAUCAACCAGCAUCCAGGAUUAAACCUGAAAUCUUUCUGUUAACAGAUUUUGUGAACUGUUGAACAUCAUUAGAGACAUACACAAAAUAUUUCAAUGUUUGUCUUUCAUCAUUUCAUGAAAAUGGCAUUAUUAUUUGUAUGGAUGAUGCAGAAAUGUGAAUUAUCAUACGAUGAGGUUGUCAAUUGUUUUUAGGUGAGAUGAAGGUGAAUUUAAGAGGAAUUGGGUGGGAAUGGUAACAGAACUAAUAUUAACAACGUUUACUGCUGAGCUAGACCAGUUUAAAUACUGAACAGACAGCCACUUCAAACUAAUCUUACCGUAGCAAAUAUUUGCUGAUGGGGAAAAACUAAACUGAGGAUAAUGUCUUCUUUUGUACUGUACUGAUAAGUUAACAUUGCCGAGUUCAGAUAUUGUUUUAUUGACUCCUUUCACUCAGAAACGUGCUGGCUGUCUAUGUGUAUUCAGAGGUCAGAAAAACACAACUGAGGUCUUAUCUCGGUUAACAUGCACUUGUUGGUUCAUUACUCUUCAAACACUGAAAUGUAACUUCCGUCUUAGUCCUUCAUUUUAAAACGAUUAAAAAGUGUAAAUAAAUCCGCUUACAACAGACUUUACAUUAAAACACUCUGAAAUC